GCUGCCGGGUUAUCCUGUUGCCACCAUUUCGUACGUCUACUGUCCGACACAUGUUCUCCAAACGCCGUAAUCAUUUAGACUAGAACUGUUUUUGCCGGGGUCUUUAUCUUUUAUGCUUGAUCAUUCAGUGGAUGGGGUGUUCCCGUUUUUAUUUACUGUGAAUGCUGAGUGGUCGGAUCGAGGUGGUCUUUGUUUUCGUGGAAAAAAGCGAACUGGAGUGGACUGAUGCUGCGUCGCUGGUAAACACCAGAAAUGGGUGUCAUCGAACCAAGGUUGCAAAUCCCGGUUCGUUCUUGGACCAGAUUUUCAUUUUUCUUAUGAUACAACAUCUGUCCAAUCGAGCUCUUAUACAUCUACAAGUUGCUACACUGAGCAGGCUUCAGUCAAGCAAACAAAUGUUCCAAUCAAUAGCCACUGGACAGAGUCUGCCAUAGGGAGGAUAUCAAUAACACACUAAUACACUUGACACACACACACAUACACACACAAACACACACACACGGGCCAUGGCACUGGAGAACUCGGUCUUCCCCUCUCGCCCAGAUUCCCUCUCGCUCCCCGUGGAGGAGAAGGGGGAAGGGGAAGAAGUGGAGGUGGCCACUGAGGCCACAGCCGCCACAGGAGUCUUUAACCUAUCAGAGGAGCUGGGCCACGUCGUCACCACAGAGACAGCGCCGUCCCCUCCGCCCUUGGCCAAGGUCAGCAGGUCGUUCCAGGCCAAACUGGCUGAGAGAGAGGCCCAAGCCAAUCAGCACAGGAAGAAGACCCAGGGGACGGAGAAGGAGAGGGGACGAUUCGGCUGGGCCCGGACUCGGCGUAAGAGGCAGCGCUAUGUGGAGAAAAACGGUCGAUGCAAUGUGCAGCACGGUAACAUGCGGGAGACUUACCGCUACCUGACUGACAUCUUCACCACGCUGGUGGACCUCAACUGGCGCUGCUCACUCUUCGUCUUCGUCAUGGCCUACGCUGUGACGUGGCUCUUCUUCGGGGCCAUCUGGUACCUCAUAGCCUACUGCAGGGGUGAUCUGGACCAUCUGGAGGACGAGACGUGGACGCCGUGCGUCAACAACGUCAACGGCUUCAUCUCGGCCUUCCUCUUCUCCAUCGAGACAGAGACCACCAUUGGCUACGGCCACCGUGUCAUCACUGACCAAUGUCCAGUGGGCACGAUGCUGCUGCUUCUGCAAGCCAUACUGGGAUCAAUGGUCAACGCCUUCAUGGUCGGCUGUAUGUUUGUGAAGAUCUCACAGCCCAACAAACGAGCCGAGACGCUGGUGUUCUCCAAACACGCCGUCAUCUCCCUGAGAGACGACAAGCUCUGUCUGAUGUUCAGAGUUGGCGACCUGCGCAGCUCCCAUAUCGUAGGGGCCAACAUGAGGGCCAAGCUCAUCAAGUCCAAACAGACUCAGGAAGGCGAGUUUAUCCCUCUGGACCAGACGGACAUCAGCGUGGGCUUUGAGACAGGCGAUGAUCGCCUCUUCCUCGUCUCGCCGCUGGUGAUCUCCCAUGAGAUUGACGCACAUUCGCCCUUCUGGGACAUGUCCCAGGCCCAGCUGGAGAAGGAGGACUUUGAGAUUGUGGUCAUUCUUGAGGGAAUGGUGGAGGCCACCGGGAUGACGUGCCAGGCGAGGAGCUCCUAUCUAGCGGAGGAGGUGUUGUGGGGUCACAGGUUCAGCCCGAUGAUGUCUCUGGCAGAGGGUUUCUUUGACAUUGACUACGGAGCCUUUCAUCACACGUUUGAGGUGGACACGCCCUCCUGCUCAGCACGAGAGCUCUCAUUGGCUGCAGCCAGACUCGACGCUCACCUCUACUGGUCCAUCUCCAGCAGGCUGGAUGAAGAGCCCACCCUGGCCAACCAGGCAGCCAAGCAGCAGGACAGCUGCUCGGCCAACAGCAAAGGAGGGGAGCCGACCUUCAUUGUCGGGGAGAUGACUGACAUUCAGGAGCAAUCAGGACUGGGCGAGCUGAACGGCAGCGUCGCCACCGACCAAUCCGAAUCGGAGGCCUAGAAUAUAGAAUGUUUACAAAGACCUUCAGUAUAUCACCACCACACCACAGUUAGUGUUUGCAGAUCUUUUUCUUUCAAGGCAAAAUUAAUAGUUUCAUUAGACUCAGUUCUACAGUAUAUGCCAUAUCUUGUGUUACCAUAUGAAGGAGUUCAGUUCUUGAUACUUGUCUUUUAUUUCUAUGUUGAUCUUUGUUACAGGUGUCCUGUAUAUGUGCUAUCUCUUUUUUUUUGAUCUGUUGUGUUAGCUCCAAUCACCCUUGCCUAUAUCUACAUUUAAAUGACAAUACUAUGCUUCAGGUGGGGUCAACUAUAGUGUAUCCUUUGGACCAGAGGAGAACGUUAAACAGACAGAGGUCAUUUGUCUUGCUGGACAAAAAGAUGUGGAUUUAUGUGAUGAUUUAAAUGAUGGAUUGUUCACAUUUAAAAUAGGUGCAGUGCAUAGACGCUUUAAUUUCACCUGCGCAUGAAUAUCACUAGAUGAUAUUGAGGUAUGGACUGAAAUUGUAGAAACCUUAACUUUCUUUAGAUGCAAAGAUUUACUGUACAUCAAUCAGGCGUUGACAGGGUGGGAAAGUAACACCAGCCCAAAUGUGUCUACUCUGCUAAAAUCUUAAUUUAGCCUCAAACCAUGAUUUGGUGCUAGAAAAAUGUUCAACAAAUCCUAUUUGGCUGAUAAAAAUAGCAACAGUGGCCUGAGAAUUGUGGCCUGUGGACAACAAAGCUGGUUUCCUGCCCUUGAGGAGGCACAGAGUAUAAUGUUUGUUGGUAACACUAUAAAAUACAUGUGAUGACAUUCCUAACUGCACUCAACACAUUAUGGUGAAUAGGGUAUCUAUCUAGAACUGUUAACAUAGAGACAGGUUAACACUCGAGUGUGUCUGUGGCUUCGUUUCACGUACGAUGUGUGUAGCUCAAGGAUUAUCUAUGUUUUGUCCCAGGCCAAGUAGAAAUUAAAAGCACAACAGUGUCCUGCUCAGUUCAGCCCUAACUCCUGCUUCUGCUGCUGUGUAUAUAUGUGGCCAUUUUUACUUGAUGUUUUUAAUAUUUAAUAUAACACAUCGAUUAGAAU